AUGCCUUUUGGCGGAAAAGUGGUUGUUUUUGGUGGAGAUUUUAGACAGGUUCUGCCUAUUUUGCCUCGUCAAACCCAAAAAGAGGUUGUUGGUUCAGUUGAAAAUUCUUAUGUGCAGCUUCCAGAUCAUAUAAUUAGAUACUAUACUCCUGAUGAUGAUCCUGUUUCUACAUUGGCUGCAACAAUAUUCCCUGAAAUUAAAGCCCUAGAGUUUGAUAGCAGCAUUUUUAAUGAAAGAGCAAUCAUCACACCUAUGAAUGAAGAUGUUGAUACUAUAAAUAAGCAUAUGAUUAGUAUGUUUCCUGGAAUAUCUACUACAUAUAUGAAUCCUCGGUAUGUUCCUCUAGACAAGCUUACUCCCAAAUCAAAGAAAUACAAGAUUAAAGUAAAAGUCAAGGAAAAAUCUCCUGCAAAAUUUCCUGAGAACAAAAAGGCUUUCCAGAAACUUGUAUUUGAAGAUGAUGAGGGCAACACAAUCAGGGGUACUUUGUUUGAUGAUGAAAUAGAGAAUUUUCAGAAUAUCCUAGAACAUGAGAAAGAGUAUAUCAUAGCAGAUGCACCUAUAAGAAACACGAAUCCACUGUAUCGUCACAAAGAAGGUGACUACUAUUUGUCAUUUGGAGGAUCAACUGCAAUUCAGUCACUGAAUCCUAAUUCUGGUCUUGUGAUGCCAAAAUACAUUCCUAUUGCUGAAGUUCCACCAACAAGUAGUCCUGAUGAUUGUUUUGACAUCCUUGGAGUUGUUGUCUACUUGGAAGACACAAAAAAGAAGAAGGCUGCUGGUGGCUAUGAAUUUGAUGUGCGCGAUGUUAUUGUUGUUGAUGAUAGCAUGCAAAAGGUUGGUGAUGGACUUGUGAUUUCUUUGUAUGGAGAGCUUGCUACUAAGGACUGUGCUCAAUUAUCAGCUUGGAUAUUAGAGAAUCAAGAUCGUGUUUCUGAUCACAUGGGUCAUCAUCUAUCAAGUAGGGAAGGAAGUAGUUCUGAGAUUAUUACGACUGUUAAGGAUUUGAAUAAGAAGACAGUAAGUAUGCUUACUUUUAUUGUAUAUACAAUUUAG